AUGCAUCUUAUUCCUCUUCUUUCGAUUGUACUCUCUGUGUCUGCCUACUCCGGAGGGCCACCACCUCCUAGCGAUGGCCCCAAGCAAUGUGGUUGGGCGCUGACCUAUCUUCAAAACCAACUUCAUGCUUUAGAAGGCGCUAUCAAAACAAAUAAUCGUCAACUAUUCAUAAAGCUGUUCAAAGUAUACGAUCCAAGUGACGAGGAUGCACUCGACUACCAAAUGCGUCGUUUCAGAGGGUACGAUCUGAAAACAUCAUAUGCAUUCUUCGAUGGCACCUCAAGAAUCGAAGGAACGUUCUUCAAUGGGAAGAACAACAACUACACUACUUGGCAUAAAAUCGUUAUUGAAAAAGACUUUAAUUCACCAACGGGAUGGCAAAUCGUCAAAGCCGCCAGAAUGAUAUACCAUAAAUUCUAA